AUGAUGGCGCCAACCAAUGGCGCGACCUCAGCCCAGGUCGCGAAUCCAUUGCAAAACUUGAAUGCCGAUCAAGUGAAGGAGAUUCUCCAAAAACUUCGCCAAAUGAAAGCCCAGAUGGAUGCUAAAGGCAUACGUGUUGAUGAUCUUCCCAAUGACAAGAAAGAAACCUACAAAUAUUUUCUCUCCGUUUAUGUGCAAGUCAUGGCUUUCCAACAGAAGAAGGCUGCUGCGGCUCACGUCGCUCAGGGUCAAAAUGUCUCUACUCCGUCCGCUCCAGGAAUCGGCCAAGGACCAAGCCAACCCCAAAGCCAACCCCAGCCUCAAGCCGAAAGACCUGCAGUAGCCGGAAGUGGACCAUGGACCAAGGCUCAAUACAGCCUGUACCGACAGCAACAGCUUUUGUACGAGAAGGCGAAGAGCAGCACUGUUAUCACCAACCACGAUUUUCAAACUCUGAGCGAUUUAACUGCAGCAGCUAUCCCGUCGCGCGCCAAGGCUACUGUCGCGGAAGCAGAGAGGAUCAUUGACAAUGCUGAAGGCAAUGAAGAUGUUACCCCCCCAAGCAGACUGUACCGCAUCAGUAAAAACCGUCCCUCUAUCCCUGCUGUCUGGCCUUAUGGUCUGGAUUUGCAGGAGAUUCGUGCACGCCGACAAGAAGUUUUGAUGCACACGAUGGCUCGCCGUCGGGAAGUUCUUGCCGAGCAAUCUGCCUCAGUUGAUGUUUGGGAUACUGAGACGAGCGACGCCCCGACUCGUGACGACUCAUUGAAGGUUCGAGUCUACAACGAGCUCGCAGCCAUCGACAAAUAUGCCAAGCAGCAGCGACUUCGCGACAUUAUCUCUCGCGAGAUGUUUCAAUACAGCCAAGGAAUGACUGCAAACCGCUACGUUCAUCGCAAGAUUAAGACGCCCAAUCUGCGUGAGGCUCGACUCACUGAGACCCUUGAGAAGCAACAACGGGAUGCUCGUGAGACCAGGGAGAAGAAGAAGCAGUACGACCAGCUCCAGGCUAUUCUCAACCAUGGCGCCGAGCUUGCUAAUAUCUCCACUGGAGUUCGCACACGUUCCCAGAAACUGGGUCGCAUGAUGGUACAGCACCACCAGCAUAUGGAGCGAGAGGAGCAGCGUCGCGUGGAGCGAACAGCCAAGCAACGUCUCCAGGCCCUGAAGGCCAACGAUGAGGAAACCUACAUGAAGCUGCUUGGCCAGGCCAAGGAUUCCCGUAUUUCCCAUCUGCUCAACCAGACCGACAAGUUCUUGAAGGAGCUUGCUGCCUCAGUCAGGCGGCAGCAGCGCAACCAAGCCGAACGCUAUGGUGAAGAUGAGGAACUAGACGAAGAAGAAGAGGAGGAGAUUGCUGACAGUGACGAUGAUGAGACCGAGCAAGAUCCUAACAAGAAAAAGAUCGAUUACUAUGCCGUGGCUCAUCGUAUCCGGGAGCAGGUCACCGAACAGCCUAGCAUCCUGGUUGGUGGUUCUCUGAAGGAGUACCAAUUGAAGGGUCUGCAGUGGAUGAUCUCGUUGUACAACAACAACUUGAACGGUAUCUUGGCCGAUGAAAUGGGUCUCGGAAAGACUAUCCAGACCAUCAGUCUGAUCACCCACAUCAUCGAGAAGAAGCGGAAUAACGGUCCUUUCCUGGUCAUUGUGCCUCUGAGUACACUGACUAACUGGAACAUCGAGUUUGACAAAUGGGCGCCCUCUGUCACCAAGGUCGUGUACAAGGGACCUCCAAAUGCGCGAAAGCAGCAGCAACAGCAGAUUCGAUGGGGCAACUUCCAGGUUCUCCUGACGACUUACGAAUACAUCAUUAAGGAUCGCCCUAUUUUGAGCAAGAUCAAGUGGACUCACAUGAUUGUCGACGAAGGUCACCGUAUGAAGAACGCGAACUCCAAGUUGAGCAGCACUUUGUCGACCUACUACGUCAGCCGAUACCGUUUGAUUUUGACUGGUACUCCCUUGCAAAACAACCUUCCUGAACUGUGGGCUCUUCUCAACUUCGUUCUGCCGAACAUCUUCAAGUCGGUGAAGUCGUUCGAUGAGUGGUUCAACACUCCAUUCGCCAAUACUGGUGGCCAGGACCGAAUGGAUCUGAGCGAAGAAGAGCAGUUGCUUGUAAUUCGUCGUCUGCACAAGGUGCUUCGUCCAUUCCUGCUCCGUCGUCUCAAGAAGGACGUGGAGAAGGACUUGCCCGACAAGCAGGAGCGUGUUGUCAAGUGUCGAUUCUCUGCCUUGCAAGCAAAGCUUUACAAGCAACUUGUCACACACAACAAGAUUGCCGUUGGCGAUGGCAAGGGUGGAAAGACUGGAAUGCGUGGUUUGAGUAACAUGCUUAUGCAGCUGCGUAAGCUUUGCAACCAUCCUUUUGUCUUUGAACCCGUUGAGGACCAGAUGAAUCCUACUCGCAUGACCAACGAUCUUCUUUGGCGAACUGCUGGUAAAUUCGAACUUCUUGAUCGCAUCCUGCCCAAGUUCCGUGUCACUGGUCACCGUGUCUUGAUGUUCUUCCAAAUGACUCAGAUCAUGAACAUCAUGGAGGAUUUCCUUCGUAUGCGUGGCCUUAAAUACCUUCGAUUAGAUGGUUCCACCAAGUCCGAUGAUCGAUCAGAUCUCUUGAAGGUCUUCAAUGACCCCAACUCGGAGUACUUCUGCUUUUUACUUUCCACACGUGCUGGUGGUCUUGGUUUGAAUUUGCAGACUGCUGAUACCGUCAUCAUCUACGACUCGGAUUGGAACCCUCACCAGGAUUUGCAAGCCCAGGAUCGUGCUCACCGUAUCGGUCAGAAGAACGAAGUUCGAAUCUUGCGACUCAUCAGUUCCAACUCUGUUGAAGAGAAGAUUCUGGAGCGUGCGCAGUUUAAGCUUGAUAUGGAUGGAAAGGUCAUUCAGGCCGGAAAAUUCGAUAACAAGUCAACCAACGAGGAACGUGAUGCUCUUCUUCGAACCCUUCUCGAUACCGCAGAAGCUGCUGAUCAAAUCAGCGAGCAAGAUGAAAUGGAUGAUGAUGACCUUAACGAAAUCAUGGCUCGUUCCGAGGAGGAGAUCAAAAUCUUCCAGGAAAUGGACAAGGAGCGCGCGCUCAAUUCUCAAUAUGGCCCCGGCAAAAAACUCCCCCGUCUCAUGUGCGACCAAGAACUUCCCGAUAUUUAUCUGCAGGAAGACAACCCUGUCACUGAGGAUGCCGAUCCCGAGGUUUAUGGACGUGGUGCUCGUGAGCGCAAGGUGACAAGAUAUGAUGAUGGCUUGUCUGAGCAGCAAUUCUUGGAUGCCAUGGAAGGCCUCGAGGAGGGUCGACUCACCCUGGAUCAAGUUAUCGAGAAGAACGAACGCCGUGCCGCUGAGCGUGCUGCUCGCAAGGAGAAGAAGAGUAAAAAGGCACAGGGCAUGGAGUCUUCACCCGAGCCCUCCAUUGUCGAUGAGUCUGAAACUCCUCAGCGAAAGCAAGGUCGCCGUCGCGGUCCGGCCCCCAAGCGCAAGGCCGAGGAACCCAUUGAGGAGACUCCGCAGCCGAAGAAGAAGCGUGGUCGCCAGCCAAAGAUUCCUGACACUCUGAGCAGCGCGGACCGCGCUAUUUUGACUCGUAUUGUGUCAACUACUCUUCAGUCUCUGAAGGAAAUGGAGCAGGAGUUCCCAGCUGAAGGGUCCGACAGCGAGGAAGGUCCCCUUCUUCGUGCUAUUAUUGAGCCAUUCAUGAAGCCCCCGCCCCGAUCGCAGUAUCCUGAUUACUACAUGAUUAUCAAGAACCCGAUUGCGAUGGACGCGAUUGAAAAGAAGUUGAAGCGCGAUGACUAUCAGAGCUUGAAGGAGUUCCGAGAUGAUAUUCAUCUCCUUUGCCAGAAUGCCAGAACCUACAAUGAGGAUGGCAGUAUCCUGUUCCAGGAUGCAAAUGACAUUGAGGCUAAAUGCUUGAUGGAGUUGAAGAGGCAGACUCUUGAUCACCCUCAAUUUGCCAAUUUUGAUGAUCUCGGCUCUACUGUCGGCGACGGUCAGUCGACUGGUGCCGCCUCUGGCACUGAUACCCCGUUGACUGCAGGUACACCGAGCACCCAGCCAAAGUUGAAGCUCACAUUCAACAACUCCAACUUCGACAGCGCCAGCAACAACGCUGCCGAUCUCAGUGUGGAUGAGGAUUGA